AACCAGUCAGUCAUGUUCCAGCUGCGGUCGUGAUAUGAUGCGUCGUGUGUCUCUCUGCCUAUCGGAUUGUAUCGUGGUCUUCGAAGUCGUUCUCGGCAGACUGUAGGAAUCACCGCGACUCCUGCAAAAGGCAGUUGUUUUUUUACACUGAGGUGAUUUGGUGGGAUGCUUUGCUGUGUGUGGAACCUGUAUAGCUUCCGAGAAUUAUGUAAAAUAAAAGCAGAGCAAGAUGGAGUGGACGGUAUGUGGAUGGCUGUGGUACACAAAAAACGCCGUCUUGCGUAAAUUCGGCUCGAACCGAAACCUCUUCUCGAGUGUGUUACUGGUGAUCCUCUCCGUCACCUUUCUGUGCACCUUCCACGUCGCCGUCCUGAAGCAGAGAGGGGGCGCGGCACUCGAGAGACUGACAUCCUUCGGAUCGAUCGGUCCUCUGAAGGAUAUCGCCCAAGAGGUUGUGCCCGGUCUGGUGGCCGAGGAUGCACAGCCCCCUCGUAAGAAUUUCGGCCAGGGUCCGUCACUCCAAGGAGGGGGGAAGAAGGCCGGUCCCAAUCGCAGGUACAUGGCGAAUAAGGGCAAGAAGAUGAAGCCCUUCAACCACAGGUCCUUCGUGAAGAAGGGGGGGAUCGGAAACAGGAGGGACAGGCUGAUGUUUCCGUGGUCCGAUCCCAGAAGGAAGAUCGGACCGCCCGCCUCUCAGGUUCUGGCCAAACCGAAGCUUCAUACGGGAGCCUACCAGGAUGACGUCGUCGUUGGGGGUAACAUCGAGUGGACGAAGGAAGUCGAAAAGGAGCGUCGGAAGGAGCUUCGACAGAGGUCCCUCAAAGUUAAGCAUGAGUGUGAAAAAGACGACAGGGGGAAGCUUCGACUCCGCUUGGGAAAGGUGUAUGAACACCUGAAAUGGGCCACUAAUCAUGGCCUCAUCUACUGCCCCAUAUUUAAGGCCGGGUCCACGACCUGGAUGAAGAACCUGCUGACGUUAGCGAGGGAGACGCAUUUCAACGGCAGUCUGCACGCUAAGGUCACCAGCCUCUACCCGACGCCCAACGGGCGCCAAAGGAUCGAGAACCUCCUGCAGAAGUCGCUGAAGUUCAUGAUCGUCAGGCACCCCUUCGAGAGGCUUCUCUCGGCCUACAGAGACAAAAUGCUACGAGUACUGAAGACUGACGAUCCAUACAGACAGAUGCAGCUGACAAUCCUCAAGGAUUACGGCCACAUAGGAACCAACGCCUCCUCUCCAGGGGACCAGAGCAACGGAGGGUCACCUAAGGAAACCUCACACCCAUCUUUCCUACAGUUUCUGUACAAAGUUCGCGACGAGAUGCAGUUCUUCUGGAAAAUCAUGGACGGCGCAGUUGUAGACCCCCACUGGACGCCAUAUUGGUACUCCUGCGCUCCCUGUCAAAUCCAAUAUGAUAUCAUAGCAAAGAUGGAAACCCUCGAUCUAGAUCAGGAAUUCAUCAUCCACGCGGGCAAUCUUCAGGAUGCUCUAGUCAACGCACGCACUCACGCAUCAAAAUUCGACGGAUAUUCGGACUCGGAAACAGCCGCCAACGAAUACUUCAAAGUCAUCCCCUUAGGACUGCUGAAGGAACUUGAGCAGCUGUAUUGGCCAGACUUCAAACUCUUCGGAUACGACGCUGACAAGUAUUUCAAAAUGACCCGUGAUGGCGAGUGAAUAGUUCUACCCUUCCUUGGAUGAAAUAUAGCGAAAUAGGGAGAGGAAUUGAAUUAAUUUAUCGUUUUAUCCCUGGUGCGUGCCCUAGAAACCCCUGGAAGAGGUUGAAGAAACCUGUAGAUGAUUUGGGAAGAUUUACUAUACCACCUUUGGCUUGUGUUGUCUUCGAAGUCCUUCGCAAACCGAACAAGAAGAAGAAGAAAGUCUGGCUAUCAGAGAUUUCUUACUUAACCUAAGGGACUUCAAGACGUCUGUAGGCAAGAGGGGCGUUUGCAUGUUGGUAUGAGGUUUCUAUAUUGGCUCUCUCAUUCAAAUCGUGACGUAAAUACAGAAAGAAUUAUGGGUCUGCCACUUCGCGUCACAAUGAACUUCAUUCGUGCUGAAAUGAAAAGUGGAUCACGCAUUGUUUUCUACUUUUGUUUAUCCAAAUUAAGACAGUUCUGGUGGCCCCCUAAAGAUAAUAUGGGCCGGAAGUAAUAACAUGAGCCUGGGGAAUAAAUACCACUGGAAGCAUAUAUACAAGAUUUGUAACAAUCCAGAAUACUUACCUAAGAAAUAGUCCCAUCUUGAAGCAAGCACUGACAUUGAAAAAUCAAACCCAACAUGGUGAAAGUUUAAAAACAAACACUGCAGUGCCGUUAAUGUUGAUUAUUUUUUUGUGAGCUAAAACCAAGAGCAUGCGUAACUCAUAAUCAAAUUUAUGUUUUAAUGCAACGUAAAGUUUUUUAUGCUUGCCAUUGAUUGCAUUAGUACUUACAUUGAGGAAAUGUGACUGAUAGUGUUAAUGGAGUUGGCAUGUUUCUUUUCCUCUACAUAUCCAAAGUAUCGUUUAAAUAUAUCGUUUGUUAUGACAGAUUUUUUUCCGACGAAACUAUAUAUCAGAAGUAGAUAACGCAUAGUCAUUGCUACAUUUACAUUCAUAUUCUUAUUUAUGCGAAAAGGUUAUGUUUGUUUCCUGUACUUUUGUAUUGUAUGAAAACAAAAUAAGAGAAAAAAAAAAUAAUUGUUGUAGAAUGCUAGACGUUGUGAGUUGUAUUUGUAAUAGAAAAUAAAGACUACAGACCGGGUUU